CGUUCUCUGAUUGGUUCGUCCAUAGCUUAAGUGGAUGAAGACGGACAACCAUGAGACCACAAACUGAUUGUUAUAUCCUAGUGAAGAUUAAAUUACGAGUGACUUGUGAGACCUAUUAACGAAAUAAUAUUAUCUAUAUAUUCUUAUGGUAUAACUAUUCAGUAAUUAGAUUAUGUAUAUCUAUAUUCCCUUUAUUAUAAGCUUCAUUUUAACCUAUAGAUUAUUAUGAUACGAUUUACCGUUCUUGAGUCAUACCCAGUCAAUUCAUUACUAUCUCCCACAUUCACAGCCACUUUUUGGUUUUAUUGUGUAUAAAUGUUAUUUCCUAUUUUAUGAUGCGUUGCGGUCUGUUUGGUUGAUGUAUAAACCCAGUAUGUCUGAAAUAAAUGAUUCGCAUAGUGGAGGCUGUUAUUGGCAUUCUAGACAGCUGGACAGGCUACGCGAGCAAAGGGCCAAUAUGACAUAGGCUGAUCAGACCGGACGAACGUCAUUGGUUUAGAACAGUACGAGAGCGAAUAAGUCGUAUUUUGAUUGGCGAGUAGAUUACGUGAUAACUAGCGGGCCAUAAAGUCACAACACUGAUCCUUAUUUUUUUGCUUUUACUUUUCCUUAACAAACUGGUGAAGUUGUAAGUUAAGUAUAGCUAAUCAGUAUGUAAAUUAUUGUACGUAUUAAAUAUUUUGUAAAUUAAUCCAAGCUUAACUUCAUUAGAAACUGUGAAUUGAGUUUGGUCAACUAAUAUUUGACUAUUUCCUACAAGGUUAUUCUUAUACUUCAAUAGAGAUACUAAGAGAUGAGUGGACUCAUUCACUUUCAAAAAGAAGAAAUCACUUUACUUUCUGUUCAUUUUUAGUUAUUGGUUUCAAGGCAUUUGUCAACAAGUAGACGAUAAGCACUUUGAGGAAAGAGACAACUUAAAACAUACAUCCUACACAAUACAAGCUGCUAAGUAACUUGAAACCAAUUUCUUUUUAUGCAGAACAGGAGACAGAUACCAUAUGGUGUCCUCGAUGUAGAGCUACUUAGACUAAUGAACAAACUAAAACUUAGUCAAUAGAAUUCGAUCAGCACUAAAGGAAUUGUUGGAAAGGAUGCAUUAUUGCCUCCUUACAUACCUGUUCAUUCUAUCCUUUCGAAUCAUAUUUUCAAUGCGUAGUCGUUCUUAUUAUCAUUAACCUUACGUUAAAUAGAUGAUUUUGGCAUUCAUCGUAUCAAUUUCAUCUCAUCGCGCUGUUGCAGUAUAACAACUUCGUUCACAUUUGUACUAAUCUGUACUUUGGUCAUGACUGAUUGUACUGGAAAGAAAAUCCAGAUUAUUUAAGUCUACUGAACAUAAAAAAUCAGUGAUAACUUGAAGAAUCGAAUCAUUGAUGUUUUACAGUCAUGAUUUAUAUCUUUGUUAUCUGGACCACGUUAGUCAUCAUAUGUGUAUAAAUUUUAGAUCUUUUACUGAUAAACAUUAAUUUAUUUAAUAGGAAUGUAAACUUAAAACGGAAGAUAAAGAAGUGUUACUUAGAAGCAAUGAAGAAUUACAAACUUGGACACAAAAUGAGAAUGAUCAUAUUGAUUGUGUUACAAAUGAAUCAAAUACUGAACAAUUGGAAAAUGUUUUUGAAAUAGAUAUUCAAGUUAUUCCAAAUGGUGACAAUUCAAAACCCAUAAAUAACUCGUCUGAAUUCCAGUCAAAAUCCACAGACGUUAUUCCAACUAUUGACAAAGGAAGUUCAUCAAAUAAUAUUGAAGAACUGGAUAAAGAAAAUACAGAAAAGGUUACCUUAAAAGAUUUAAUUCAAUAUCUUCAAGAUACAAAUCAUUGGCCAAAUGAAUUUUAUAUUUAUCGUCUUUUAAAUAAAUCUAAUCCUAUUAAUAAUCAAUUAAAUAAAGAUAACUUGGAUAAUAAAACUACACAAUUAAACAUGUAUCCAAGUAAUCCAUUCAAUAAUGUACAAAAAAAUCAAUCAACACGUUCUAAUUUUUUUCGUAAAAAAUCAUCUAUCAAUUGUGAAUUAUUAUAUCCGGAAGAUUUUCUUAAAUUAGAUACUGAUAAAAUAUCAUUCAAUUCUAUAUGGAUUGUAUGGUCUGAUAAAUGUAUGUUAGCUGAAACAGCUGCUUUAAUAUUAUUGAAACAUUUAUCACAGACUGAAAAAAAUAUUCGGUUAGAAAAAGAUGCUUUACAUCCAGCAUAUAAUAUUAUACUUCAACAACAUAAACGCGAUCGUGGCUCAGAAUUCCCAUUGAUGAAUUCAUCUUUUAAUGAAACAACUGAUGAUUAUGAGACAGAAAUACAAACUAAUCAAUCGAAUACAAUCAACACUAGUAGUACUAGUGGUUGGUUAUGGUGGAGAAAACGAAAACAAACUAAUCCAAGUGAUAUUAGUUCAGAUUCUGGUUCACAAGAUUUAACUUAUCAAGAUUUAUCACAUCAGCAUUCUUCUGUACAAUCAAUGCUAGCUCCAAUUGAUCUUGGUAUAUCAAGUCCAGUUUUAAUGCAAGAAGAAUUUGAUCAAGAGAAUUAUGAACGUCCUUACAAUCUGCCUAAAAGUGAAUUGUUAAGUGUACCAACUACUGCUAAAAUUCCUUUACAUUCUUCAGCAAUCGAUGUAAGAUGUAGUAAAACACCAGAUCCUUCACAGACAUCAUCUCCUGAAGAGGCAGGAUAUUUCUCGGAUGAUAAUCAAAGUAAUAAUGCUUAUCAUAAAAAAACAACUGCUAAUAUUGAGUCGAGGAGUUCAAUUCAACAAGCAAAUCGUUUAACAUCUCAACAGCUUAAAAGCCUUAAUUUACACAAAGGUGCAAAUGAAGCGGUUUUUUCUGUUGUCAGUAAAUAUCAAGGUACUUGUCAAUGUGCUUGUUUUAUAUAUCUAUGGGAUUGGUCUGAUAAAAUUGUAAUAUCAGAUAUUGAUGGAACAAUAACAAAAUCAGAUUGGUUAGGACAAUUGAUGCCAUUGGUUGGAAUGGAUUGGACUCAUCAUAAUAUAGCUCAAUUAUACAAUAAAAUUGCUAAUAAUGGAUAUAAAUUUAUUUAUUUAUCUUCUCGUCCUAUUGGUCAAGCUAGAGCAACAAGGAAAUUUCUUUAUACCGUUCAACAAGAUAAUUAUCGUCUACCAGAUGGUCCAAUACUUUUAUCACCAUUUUCUGUUCUGGAAGCAUUCCGCAAAGAAGUAAUUGCAAAACGAGCAGAUGAAUAUAAAAUUGAAUGUCUUCGUGAAGUAUGCAAUUUAUUUAUUGGUGAUAAACUUAAUCAUCAAAAUGAAGAUGAAGAAGAUAGUAUUCCAUUUAUAGCUGGAUUUGGAAAUCGACCAACAGAUAUAGCAACUUAUAAAGCAAUUGGUUUACAUGAUCAUCAAAUAUAUACAGUUGAUUAUUUAGGUAAUGUAAUAUGUGGUGAUCCAGGAGAAAAUGAAAAAGAUAAGAAAUUAAAGAAAAAGAAUAAAACUUCUCAUGUUAAUUCUAAUCAACAAUUAAAUAAUGAGAAUAAAUCUACUUCUAGUGUUACAACUACUUCAGAAACAAUUAUCACAUCAUCAACAAUAUCUUCUGAUAGUUUAAUUAAUACUACUGCUACUACUACUACUACUACUACUACUACUACUACUACUACUACUAAUAAUAAUAAUAAUAAUAAUAAUAAUAAUACAGGACUAACUACUACAACAGUAUACGCUAAUAGUGUAUUAGCUAAACUUAAUUUAAAUUCAUUAUUACAAAUGGUUGAUGUAUACUUUCCACAAAUGAAUGAUCGACUUAUGUAUGCUACAAAUUAUUCAGAUUAUACAUAUUGGAGAAUGUAAAGAAGAAUUAAUCAGACAAUUUUUGGAUUGUUUAUUUUGUUAUCAAUAUUACUAUUAUUAUUAUUGUCUCCUACGAUGAUUGCAAAUCUGAAGCGUUUCCACUUUGAUCCAAAUUUAAAAGCAUUUAUCAUGUAGAUAUUUCUGUCGACAACAACAAUAAUGAUUAUUGUUAUUAUUAUGUCAUUAAUCAUUGGCACUUCCCUCCUCUCUCCCUCCCCCCUUCCCUGAUUUAUCCAUUUUAUAAGACAUUGUGAACGGAUUCCAUCGACUACUCAUCUCAAUCAAUAUUAGUUGAUGUAUGUGCAAUUUCUUUAAAGACUAGGUUUUCUUUUCUUUUUUUAAAAAAUAAAAAGAAAACAGGAAAUUUUUAUACAAAAAACUUUUUGUUCAAGAAGAGUAUUAUUACUAUUAGUAGUAGUAGUAAUGUUAUUUUGAGUCUUGAAAUUAUAAUAUGAUUAUUGUGUGUUAUGAAUAAAUGUUUGACAUAUUC